AUGGUGGGAGGUGGGGAGCUGACUCCUUCCUGUAGUCCUAGACUGAGAGUUGCUGUGGACAUAAAUCCUAGGACCACCAACAGCCUAAAACUUAAGAAGCAGGUCCGUCUGAGUGAGGUGUGGGUUGCCUCCUGCCUAGAUGAAGUGACAGUGAAGAAGAUCUGCGCAGACACCUCCUUUGUGAUUGGUUGGCCUACAACCAACAGUGUGGUCACCUUCUGUUCCCCGGAAAUCAAGGAGCGCUGGUUUUCAGCUCUGCACCGUAACAUCCAAGAGCAGAAGCAGAAUGAUUUUCCAAAGAACAUGACUCUUAAGAUUCUGCUGAUGGAGGUUGAUGAACUCGCUUCAACUACUAUAAUAACUGUCACCAACACUGAGACCACCGAGAAGGUCAUUGGGAGGGCAGUGUAUCAGCUGGGACUUUCUGGCCAAACCAGUGAUUUCCUGCUGUGGGUGAAUUCAUCAAAGGAGGCCCUGUCUUAUCCACUCAUUGGCCAUGAGAGCCUAUACAGCAUUGCCCAAACCAACCUGCGCCAUACGCCCCAGCAUACCACCCUCAGGACCACUGAGGACUGCCCUGACCCCACAUCUCUCAACAAGGUGCCUGAGAAGAAACAGUAUAAAUUUAUAUUGAAGCACAAGAGUGAACUACCCAGUGUACUGGAAAGAGAACUUAGUGAGAAGAAAAGCCUGAAGAAAAGGAAAUCUCUGUUGUACUGGGCCCUGCAGAAAAAUGCAAGUCUAACCUUAGAAAGUUCCAUGGUGCAAUCACCAGAAGAAGAGCCUGAUCACAAGCUCUUUGGCCUGGAUCUAUCCACACUGUGCAGAUCAGGCUGCCUUCCCAAGCCUAUCAUGGACAUGCUGAUGCUCUUAUACAAGGAGGGUCCAACCACUCCUGGCAUUUUCCGCCGCUCAGCCAAUGCCAAAACUUGUAAGGAGAUAAAGGAGAAGCUGAAUUCUGGGGCCCCCGUAUCGAUGGCUGGAGAGUCAGUGUUCGUGUCUGCAUCUGUCUUGACUGAAUUCCUGCGCAACAUACCUGACAGCGUGCUGUCCUCAGGCAUGCAUAGCCAGUGGAUGACAGCCAUGCAGGGGCGCACUAAACAGCAGAAAGUCCAUUCUCUCCAGAGACUGGUAGCUCAGCUUCCUGAAGGCAAUCGCCUGCUGCUAAAGUACCUCUUUGGUGUCCUGGAUCACAUUGUGGCCAACUCUGAGGAGAACCAGAUGACAGCGUUCAACCUCGCUCUGUGUGUUGCACCCAACAUGCUGUGGUUGCCCAACCCUAAAAGACCAGAGGAUGAGAGCCGGAACAUGGGCAAGGUGACCCAGCUGGUUCAGUUCCUGAUUGAAAAUACUCCUGAAAUCUUUGGAGAAGAUAUCCCUGUGCUGUUACUGAGAGCUCAAGCUGAAAGUGCCAGUGGUGCUGAAGAUAAACCAGUGCUGAAGACCAUAAAAGGAUUUUAUGAGUUUCAGUUUCAGAAGGAUGGAGACAAAGAAGCAGAAGCCCAGAAGGAGGUUGAAGAGGAGGCCUUGUCUGUCCUGGAAGAGACACAGACCAAACCUGCCCAGGGGAAGAUCAAGAAUCAGGCCCAGUCCACAGAAGCACAGACUGAACUUGCCCAGGAAAAAGCCAAAGGACGAAUACAGCCUGUGAAAGCACAGGUUGAACCAGUUGAUGCAAAGGCCAUGCUGGCCCAGGUGCAGGCCAAGCUGGCCAAGGCAAAGGUGCAGCCAGCCAAGGCAAAGGCCAAGGCAAAAUCCAAGAUGACUGUGGCACUAGCUGAACCACUUGAGGUGCAGGCAAAGUCACCCAAGGCAAGAGUCAAGCUGGCUCUGGCACUUCCUGAACUGCCUGAGGUACCUACCAAAUCGCCCAAGGCAAAAGUCAAACUGGGCCUGGCACUGACUGAACCAGUUAAAGCACAGGCAAGGCCACCAAAGAUAAAGACCAAGAUAGCCCUGACACUGGCUGAACCAGCUGAGACACAACCUGAGUCAACCAAGGUGCAAGCUGAGCACACUGGGGUACGUUCUGAACUGUUGGAGGUACAAGCUGAAGCACAGGGCGAAGCAGACGAGGAGCAGGCUAAAGAGCCUGAUGAGCAAGCCUGGAAAGCUAAGGAGCAAGAAGAAGAGCAGACUGAGGCACACGUGGAAUCUGCCAAGAAGCAAGCAGAACCUGCUGGAGCACAGGCCAAACCAGCCCAGGAGCCGGCUAAGGAACAGGUAAUAACACAGGAUGAACCAGCUGAGAAGCACCCUGAACCUGCCAAGCAGCACACCAAACCAACUGAGAAGCAAUCCCAAACUGCCAAUGAACAGGCUGAGGUGCAGGCCGUGCAAUCUGGGAUGCAAAAUGAACUCACUGAGGUCUGUUCUGUACCAUCCCAGGUGCAGGCUGAGGCACAAGUCAAACUACCUGAAGUGCAGAAAGAAGUACAGGAUGAGCCAGCCAAAGAGCAAAUUGAGGCACAGGCCACACCAGGUCAGGAGCAGGUUGAGGUGCAGGCAGAAGCAGCUAAGGAGCAGGUGGAUGCAUGCAAGGAACAGGCCAAGCCAGCCAAAGAUCCAGCCAAACCAUGCAGGGAAGAAGCUGAGCCAGAGGAGGUGCAGGCAGAGGUGCAGGUUAAGAUGAGUGAAGUUCCAAAAAAGAAGCAGGCUGAAGCAGCCAAGAUUCAGGGUGAAGCAGAUAUGGUACAGACUGAGUUGGGUCAGGCACAGGCCAAGUCCACUAAAGAACAAGCCAAAGAGCUUGAAGCCCAAGUCAAGCCAGCUGAUGUACAGCAUAAACUGGGUGAACCAUCCAAGGUACAGGCUGUGCCAGCGAGCACUGCCCUCUCACCAUCAGAAUGCAUGGUUCGCCCCAAGGAAUCAAGCCAAGCACGAAAACACAAACAUUUACAUUGUUCUCACCCCCCAGGUCAGGGCAAAAAUGAGCAUCUCGUCAUUAGAGAUGAGUCUGAGGCACCAAAUAGUCUCCUCCAAGAAGAGGUAGAUGAAACAGGCCAAGGAGCCCUCGCAGGCACCUGCUCAGAAAGCAGAGCAAGAGAGAGCCCAAGUCGAUGCCUGCGUUCAGGGUUUGCCUUGUUCCGCUCUGCUACCCAAUGGUGGCCUUCUAAGCGAUCUAAAAUCACAGCUGACCAUAAGGACCUUUAGAGGGGCUAACAGUCCAUUUUCUCCUUAGAAUGAGUAGCUUGGGGGAGAGCCCCAUCAUAGUCUACUCCCACUACCUAAAUAAUUUAGGAGGGCUAAAACAACCAUUUUACUCCAAUCUUCCUUUGAAUUUCAUCCUUUUCCCUCCACACUGCCUUCUGUCCCCCAGUGCCCCACUUAUAUUACCAUUUACAUUCCCCAGCCACCUGCCCACUCACUCCCUACCUACCCAAUCCAGGAAAUUUGGGAUUAUCCUUCAUGAACACCUGGAGCACACCCUUGUCUUUAUUGGUUGUCAUCUUCCCCCAAGUGGCUGAUGACAUUUAACUUCAGUGAUUUGGUCAAACCAAUGCAAGGAAUGAGAAUAGGAAAGAAACAGAAGUCAUUUUCCCCUCUUGUGACCUCUUUCCCCCAAAACCUAUCAUCACCCCAAAACCACUUUGAACUUCCCAGGGACCCUUUACCACAUAUGUAACCUGAACUUCAAAGAAAUCCAUUCUGAUUCACAUCUCAUUUUCAUGACUUUAUAUAUAUUUAAAAAAUCAAUCAACUCCUCUCAAGUACCCUUUCCUGUUAGCUCACUUUCCAUGGUCAGCUCAGGAACCAGUACAGGUGCACUCUCCUCACAAAUGAGACCUCACUUGUCCCAAAAUGAGCCUGACCAGUGCUCUCAAGGAUUUUGAUAUAUUGAUACCCCUUUUGACAAUUUAAACAUCAAGGGGGUCCCCAUCAUUUGAUCUUCACCAAUAGGUCCUGUUGAUGCUACCUCCUACAUAUCUCUUCUAUCAGCCCUUUCCUCCCUGACCCUACAGUCUUCUUUCUGGCCCUCACUGUCUGUCCUCUAAAUAAUUGCUACAGCCUACUCACUGGCUGCCUGGACCCUUCUCUGUGUCAUGGUUGUCUACAUUGGCAUCAGAGAAUCCAUCCAGAAACUUGCAAUUGGCUAAAGUCCAUACUUCUUCAUAUUUCAAGCUUCCUCUACCUCAUUUCAGACUUCCAAGAUACUAGAUCUUUUAUCCAUACAUACCUCCGCUCAUCCAGUUCCCAACUGCCACUCCACCACUCAAUUCCUCCUCUUGAUAAAAAACAAAUAUUUUUUCCUCUGUCAAGUGUUAUCUCUACUGUGAAACUUUUCUGUACCAGAGUUAGCCACCAUCACACUCAAUCUCCAGCUGUGUUAUUUACCCCUAGAAUAGAAGUUGUUCUGUGGUAUUAAAUGAAUCGAGUGUGUGUUUUGUUCCCUUGAUCUUUAUUUAUUGUGAUCACCUAAUUUAUCUGUGAACUCCCAGUACCCAAUGUUGUGGGCAUGUAGAAUAAUUCAAUAAA